AGUAAUAAGCGAAAUAUUCUUGCAGUUGUAUUGCGUUACAUUUUCUGCGUUUUACAUAUAUAUAAUAAAACAGUUAUUUAAUUAGAUAUUAAAAAGAAAAAAGAAAAGUAGCGUAAAAAGUUCGAUUACGAAAAACAAAUAGCUGCAACGAACAUACCCAUUCACGGGAUCGAGCGUAACCGAGUGCCGUACUUUCGUACUUACCUUCUCCGCAGGUUCUUUGGGCAAUCGAUGUGUCACGUGAAUAGUACGAGUGAUCUCUCAUGUGAUCCUUUCAAUACCUGUAAAUAAUUCAUACGAGAUACGGUCACUGGCUCCGUUGUUCGUUCGCUACUUUUUCGAGGAACGUGAUCAGAUAGGAAAAAAAUGGGCGCGUCUGCAAUACCCGUGAUAGCCUUCACGCUUCUCUGGGGUGCCGUAGUAUUUCUUGGAGUAGCUCUACCACUUUUUGUUCCAAAGGGUCCAAAUCGUGGGAUACUACAAGUUCUCUUGGUAUUAACAGGCUUUACAUGCUGGUUAUUCUGGUUAUGUUGCUAUAUGGCACAGAUGAAUCCAUUGAUUGGGCCAAAGUUAAAUAGUAAGACUAUACUAGUUAUGGCUCGGGAAUGGGGUAAUCCUAUCACCGAUCUAUGAGCAUUCCAUGGUUCACGAAAUGUUUUAUUUCAAAUGUAUACAUUCAUUCCCUGACAUUAUUUUCAAUAAUAAUAUACUUAAA